UUGAUGACUUUAGACUCGACUUGACAAAAUGUAAAAAGACUUGCAACUCGACUUAGACUUUAACAUCAAUGACUUGUGACUUCACUUGGACUUCAGCUUUUUGACUUGACAUGACUUGACAUGACUUGCUACUUUCCCCAAAAUCCAAAGAUUAAAAAGUUAUUCGGGAGCGCUUCGUAUUUUUCAUUGUGCACUUGUCUAUCAGCGUUGCGUGUGUCAGUGUGUGUGCUGCAUGUCAAGCGUGUGUGCUCUCAGUACAAUAGCCAAUCAAAUUUGAUCUACGUUGUUUUCGUCCCACAGCAUUCAUCCAAUCAAAUUGCAGGAAAACCGAUGAAGAAGAAAUGUCCAAACCACACGCCAGUGAACAAAAAAUUAUACCUAAAAUAAUUUCGUUUGGGUAUAAAAAUUACGAGGUGGUCAACACAAAACGGUUUGCAGUAUGCAACACAUGCGGUUCGAAAAUUACUGAUGGAGAGGCAACAACUUCCAACUUCGUCCGACAUUUGAAGUUGCACAAAGAACGAUUUCAAGAAUACCUGAUGAACAAAAGCAUCACAAAUGGACCACAACAGCCUUCAAUCUCGCAGUUCCUGGACAAUCGUGUCGGGCAUUACAGUAUGACUCAUCCACAGCAGAAAGCUAUCACCAAUGCAAUACUGUCUGACUUGAUUAUUGAUUGCAACUUGCCCCUGUCUAUUGUGGAAAACAAGAGUUUUCGCCACUUUCUGACAGUACUUGACAGCAAGUACACCCCAGUGUGUCGCAGAACACUGACAUCAAAAACAGAGAACCUCACUGAAGAAAGACGAUCAAAAUUAAAAACUCAAUUGAGCCACACUGACCAUGUUUCAGUGACUGUCGACAUUUGGUCUGACCGAAAGAUGAGGGGAUUCCUCGGUGUCACUGUGCACUGGAUGGACAAAGAGGCAGAGAGGAUACAGCUCAAGUCCAAUCUCUUGGCUUGUGAGCGCUUCAAAGGCUCACAUACAGCUGAACGAAUCUGUGACAAAUUUGAGGCUAUAUGUGAUGAAUACAACAUUAAAGCUAAACUGGACUACAUUAUUAGUGACAAUGCUGCUAACAUGCGAAAAGCAUUCACUGUGUGCUUCCCCAGUGAACAAGAGGAUGAUGAUGAUGGAGAUCAUCUGGAUGACCCUGAGCUCUGCUGGUGGUGGGAGAUGGUUUGA